ACUCAGUGCCUUCAAGACAUGUCUUUUUGUAGUCAGAAAACCAGAGAUCAAUGCAUUUUCAAACUGACAGAGAGAACGGAGGCUCCUUAGUAGCACAUGCUCGGGAUCGUGUGUGUACCGUUUGUGCAGAGCAGAGACGCUGAAUACUGGUCCAUAUGCUCCUUGUUUACUGCAAUGUUUUUUGCAUGUUACUGUGCACUCCGGACUAAUGUGAAGAAAGGCCAAGAGGAAGAGAAUUCCCCAGGUAGAGGCCUUCAGCUGGGACCUUUUCCUGAAAUGGAAUGGACUAACCCACAGAAAUACCGCUAUCAAGAUGAGGAUGCUCCACAUGAUCAUACUUUGCCUCGAUUAACCCAUGAAGUGAGAGGCCCUGAGCUUGUUCAUGUGUCCGAGAAGAACUUGUCUCAAAUAGAGAAUGUCCAUGGAUAUGUCCUACAGUCUCACAUUUCUCCUUUGAAGGCAAGCCCUGCCCCUAUAAUUGUCAACACAGAUACCUUGGACACAAUCCCUUAUGUCAAUGGAACAGAAAUUGAAUAUGAAUUUGAAGAAAUUACACUGGAGAGGGGGAAUUCUGGCCUGGGCUUCAGUAUUGCUGGAGGAACAGAUAACCCACACAUUGGGGACGAUCCUGGGAUAUUUAUUACUAAGAUUAUACCAGGAGGAGCUGCAGCAGAGGAUGGAAGACUCAGGGUCAACGACUGUAUCUUGCGAGUGAAUGAGGUCGAUGUGUCAGAAGUCUCACAUAGCAAAGCAGUGGAGGCCCUGAAAGAGGCUGGCUCCAUAGUUCGACUGUAUGUUCGCCGAAGGAGACCUAUUCUGGAGACCGUAGUAGAGAUCAAGUUGUUCAAAGGACCCAAAGGCCUGGGUUUCAGUAUUGCAGGAGGAGUGGGAAAUCAACACAUUCCUGGGGACAACAGCAUUUAUGUCACCAAGAUUAUUGAUGGAGGAGCCGCACAAAAAGAUGGGAGAUUGCAGGUUGGAGAUAGACUACUUAUGGUAAAUAAUUACAGUUUAGAAGAAGUUACCCAUGAAGAGGCAGUAGCGAUACUGAAGAACACAUCAGAUGUAGUGUAUCUCAAAGUUGGAAAGCCCACCACCAUUUACAUGACCGAUCCAUAUGGCCCGCCAGAUAUUACCCAUUCUUAUUCUCCACCAAUGGAAAAUCAUAUACUCACUUCUGGAAACAAUGGCACCUUAGAGUACAAGGCAUCUCUGGCCCCAAUCUCACCGGGAAGAUACUCACCCAUUCCAAAGCACAUGCUUGUGGAGGAUGACUACACCAGUCAUUCCCAGCACAGCACAGCAACGCGUCCACCCACAGUGAGCUUACAGCGGACCAUUUCUGUGGAAGGAGAGCCUCGGAAAAUCAUCCUGCACAAGGGCUCCACAGGACUUGGUUUUAACAUUGUGGGAGGCGAAGAUGGGGAAGGCAUUUUCGUGUCUUUCAUCCUAGCAGGCGGGCCUGCUGAUCUCAGCGGAGAACUACAGAGAGGAGAUCAAAUUUUAUCCGUGAAUGGUAUUGAUCUUCGAGGUGCUACCCAUGAGCAAGCUGCAGCUGCACUAAAAGGAGCGGGGCAGACGGUAACAAUCAUAGCACAAUACCAGCCGGAGGAGUACGCUCGGUUUGAGGCAAAAAUCCAUGACCUACGUGAGCAGAUGAUGAAUCACAGCAUGAGUUCUGGGUCCGGCUCCCUGAGGACUAAUCAGAAGAGGUCACUGUAUGUCAGAGCCAUGUUUGACUAUGACAAGAGCAAAGACAGUGGCCUGCCAAGUCAAGGACUCAGUUUUAAGUACGGAGACAUCCUUCACGUUAUCAACGCAUCAGACGAUGAGUGGUGGCAGGCGAGGAGAGUCACUCUGGAGGGAGACAGUGAGGAGAUGGGAGUUAUACCCAGCAAGAGGAGAGUUGAAAGAAAGGAGCGUGCCCGUUUGAAGACGGUGAAAUUCAAUGCGAAACCAGGAGUAAUUGAUGCAAAAGGGUCAUUCAAUGACAAGCGUAAAAAGAACUUCAUCUUUUCACGAAAAUUCCCAUUCUACAAGAGCAAGGAGCAGAGUGAGCAGGAAACAAGUGAUGCAGAACGAGGCCAAGAAGACUGCAUCCUCUCUUAUGAACCUGUCACAAGGCAGGAAAUUAACUACACCAGGCCAGUUAUCAUUCUGGGUCCUAUGAAAGAUCGGAUCAACGAUGAUUUGAUAUCUGAAUUCCCUGAUAAAUUUGGGUCGUGUGUGCCACAUACCACACGGCCAAAGCGUGACUAUGAAGUGGACGGGCGAGAUUAUCAUUUUGUCAUUUCAAGAGAACAAAUGGAAAAGGAUAUCCAAGAGCACAAAUUUAUAGAAGCUGGGCAGUACAAUGAUAAUUUAUAUGGAACUAGUGUCCAGUCUGUGAGAUUUGUGGCAGAAAGGGGCAAGCACUGUAUACUCGAUGUGUCAGGAAAUGCUAUUAAACGAUUGCAAGUUGCACAACUCUAUCCCAUUGCUAUCUUCAUUAAGCCUAAAUCAUGGGAGCCUCUGAUGGAAAUGAAUAAACGUCUUACAGAGGAGCAAGCCAAGAAAACCUAUGAUCGAGCAAUUAAAUUAGAACAAGAAUUUGGAGAAUAUUUUACAGCUAUUGUCCAAGGAGAUAGCUUAGAAGAUAUAUAUAAUCAAUGCAAACUUGUAAUUGAAGAACAAUCUGGGCCUUUCAUCUGGAUUCCUUCAAAGGAAAAAUUAUAAAUUAGCCACUGCACCUCUGAUUACGACGGGAGAAUAUUUAGAAGAAAAUUAUAAUAUACUAUUUGGAGGCUUUCCUGUUUUUGUUGCAUUUAUGUUCUUUGCAGUCAAUGUGAAUUUUGAUGAAUGUACAACACAAAGUGUUUGAAGCCAUGAAGGACAUUGAUGGGUCAAAAGGGUAGGAACAAAAAGACUUCUACCACAUAAAACAAAUCUGUUGUGUGCUCAAAGCACCAGUUGUAGGUACAAACUUCUGAUGUGGAGACCCUCUGUCAAGGGGAGCUGGCCACCUACUGUGCCCAUGCGGACAUUUUGAUCGAUUUCAAUGGCUGAGCUCAGUGUGUUGAUUGCUUUAAAGAGAAGUUCCCAGCUCUUGAACCUCAUAUAGGGCUUGAUCCUGCAAGGCGCUGAACACUUGACCCCAAUUUCUACACACGUGAUUAGCCCGUUGACUUGGAGUCACUUGUGACCCCUCCCUACACCUUUCAGUUCCAUCUGUUCCAGUAGGACUAUUCGUGUGCUCAAAGCUAAGCACGGGCUUAAGCAUUUUGCUAGAUCAGGGCCACAUGCACCUUGCAAAAUCAAACUCAGAGAACCAGGUCCACUUCCUCCUGAAGUCAUUGGUAGGACUGUCUUUGACUUGACCGGGAGGUGGAUCCUACUCUAAGCUUGUCAUUGCACAUUUGUAGUUGGUACACCUCGACUUUGAUAACUAUGCACAUCUUUUGAUUUCUGAAACCAAGUCAAGCAUUUCUUUUCCUCCCCUUUGGAAACACUAUUGCAUCAGAAACUAGUAACAGUGUAGUUUAUUUUAAUGGAGUUUGGGAGUGGAAGAGGAUGGAAGCAUUUCACAUCGCACAUGCACACAAACACAUUCCCAUGCAGACACACACAUGUAUGAGGAUUCACAAUACCUACGCUGACAAGGAGGGAUACAACUGGGAAAAGCUUUAAAAUUUUUGAUUGUCUAUUUUAUCAUUUAUAUUGAUAGAAGGCACUUAAAGAUGGAAUAAUUUAUAAAAAUAAAAAUAUAUUGAUGUAUAGAAACUAAUUUCUAUAGGUAAAAAAAUGUUUUUGUGAGAUAUUUUGUAAAGAUUAAUUAAUUGAAAGAUUAAAUAUUUACACCCUUGUGUGACUGUAAAAUGUAAAGAGGAUCAUUAAGUUGCAUUAGCCCUUUUCUGUAACAGACUCAUUAUUGAUGACAAGCAAGAUAAUUCCUUAAAUUGUAGACAGGUUAUUUUUCUCUCAGUUUAAUCCUCUUACUUGCAUCUAUUUAAUUAUAAUGAACUCCUGUGGAAAGUUCUCUUGAACUGACUGUCUUAUAGGACCUUUUUUGAACACAAAAGGGUGAUGCAUCUUUAAACUGAAAUGGAUGAUUUUUCAGAAGUAAAAUGUCAGUGCUUGAAUGCGGUUAAUAGUUUCUCUCUUGGAGGGAGUCACACCUCACCUAAGAUGUUUUAUGAUUCUUCUUGUUCCUUUAAGGGAAAUACUAAGAGCAUUUGAUCUUCUCUGACUUUGUAGGCAGGAAGAUCACAGGCUAACUUGUACCUUCAUUCAUUUCACAGUCACCAAGGGUCUUAAAAGAAAACUGAGGCAAUGGACAUUUGUGAGGGAUUUGGGGAAAGUCUGUGGAAUUUCAGUUUGGAUGAAAGGGAGCAGGGAGGGAGGUAUAUUUCUUGUUUCACAUGGUCCUUCCUUUGUAUGCUGAUACCAUACUUCACUCUGACACACAAGGGAACAACUGCAAAAGAUAUUAUAAUCAUAAACUGAAUUGCCUUUGCAUCUGCUGCUGGACCAAGUUUUAUAGAAAACCCACAGUCUCCUGCCUACUGGGCUGCAGGAGUCCAAUAUUUGUUAUCUGGUGGCGACAGCAACCCUAACGUUUAAGGAUAUUUUAAGGGCAAAUGCUAAAUAGACUCCUCAGUUACUUGUCUAUUUGAAGCUUGCUUUUCUGCACCCUGUCAAGCUGACAGGUAUAUCCAGCUGACCUCCAUAGAGAGCGCAAUUUGCUGGGUAUUUGUAGAAUAGCCACCAGUGAGGACAGGGUUAACGACAUGGGCAUUUCAGUGGCCGGAGGAGGCCACUCAUUUCCUGCCCUACUGUGAUAACUUUGAGAAGUUGAUGCUUCUUUUAUUACUAUUUUUCUUGCCUGGCCAGCGCAGAUUAUAAACAAGGGUUUCAGCUGACUCUACAAAAGAGCUUUGUAACCAGAAGGGCUAGAAACUUUUUUUUUUUUUUUUUUUUUAAUAAAACAUAAAUGGAUGAAAGCUCAGAUUUUGGAAUAUUCUACAGAAAUCCACAGAGUGACCCCAGAUCUUUGGAAGCCAUGGAUUUUUCCAUGCUGGCAAAAUACUAUUGCCCCAGGUUGGGAAAUAGCCCACCUGACCUGAAAAAACAAGUAUCCUAAAGCAGGAACUUCAUUCUAAUUUUCAGCUUGUUUUUAAGCAAUCAGUCACAUCUGCUUCUUUGUUUCUUAGUUCAGCAUGCAGCCUUUUAUGGUACUAUUCUACUAGUAACUGUUUUGCUUUGUCAUGUGCUGUGCUUUACAGUGAACAGUAACACUAUGGCUGAGUACAAUCAAUAUUUCCAUCAGUCCUUGGUUACUGUAGUAACAUUAUUUAUUUUUCCCUGUCUGUUGUUUGUGCUUCCAGUUUAGAGUUGCCAUUGCACUUCCUUUUUUUUUAAAUAAAACAUAUAUUUAAAAACAAUUCA